AUGGAUUCUCAGAAGGCGGGAACGAGAGAUCAGACCCACCUUCGCCUCCGGCAUCGAUCAGUAAAGGGAGAAAAUCAGCAACCGGCGGCCUUGCUCAAGGUGCACCGGCCUGCCGUCAAACACAGUAAAGACAGCACCAACCAUAGCAAAAAAGGCAAACGGAAUGGAGAACAAGGAGGGAGCACCGACGUCGCGAUUUUGCACGACGUCGGCCAGAUCGAGCAAGCCCUAAUCAACGCCGGCCAAGCAGUGAGACAAUCACCACUUGCCAUGGGCAUACCGGACAGCGUCAAAACACAGCUUCGGCAACCGCAGCAGAUGCCGCGGCGACCAACCUCUCAGGCAUAUAUCUACGACAACGAAGGCCUUGCCGCCGAUCUAUCGCGUGACCACUGCGGCCCAGACGCUGAAGACAUCGCUCCGAAGAACGACCAAUCGCGCCAGCAUCCAAGCCAAGGGGACAAUGUCACGCUCGAGGUGGGCACACCAAAGUUGGAUACUGGCCAAGAUGUGACACCAGUUUGUGGUCACUUGGCUGCAGCACCAUGCGGACAUGUUGCUGUGCCAUCCGCCGGGCUGGCAGCAACGGGCUUUCGGUCGGAGGAUGUUUCAGGGUUGCACGUCAGCACGGCAGAAGAUGGAACGGUGCCGAGAUCACGACCAUGGGCUAUCCAGAAAUUCAUCAUGGCGAAGGGGCCGCAAGCAUGGUACUGA